AACUUAACAGAAUGCCUUAUCUGAAAAUUAAAAGAUGGCAGCCUCCAUGUUGAAAAAACUUGGAAGUUCUAUUUCAAGAAAUAAUUUAUAUAGACUUGUUUUUGAUCCACAGUUUGCAAUUUUUUCUAUGUGUGCCCUUCUAAUAGCUGAAAUUGCUGUUAACAUUUUCGUGAUUAACAAGAUCAAAUACACUGAGAUAGACUGGAAAGCUUACAUGCAGGAAGUGGAGGGCGUGGUAAAUGGAACCUAUGACUACACCAAGCUUAGAGGGGAUACUGGACCCUUAGUGUAUCCCGCGGGGUUUGUGUAUAUCUAUCUGGCCCUGUAUUACAUCACAGGUUAUGGACACAAUAUCAGACUAGGACAGUAUUUGUUUGCCGGGCUCUACGUACUGUCUCUGGUGGUACUGUUUGAUAUCUACAGGAGGACUAACAAGGUCCCCCCUUAUGCCUUUUUGUUUAUGUGCUGUGCGUCCUACAGGAUCCAUUCUAUUUACGUCUUGCGGCUGUUUAAUGACCCGGUAGCCAUGUUCUUUAUGUACCUGGCUAUCAAUUUCUUCCUCAGAGACAGGUGGGGCAUGGGCUGUUUUAUGUACAGGUAAGCUUCAAUCAAUUCCUUUU